AUGACGGGCGUCGACCCAGAGGUCGCGCAACAUCGCCUCAGCAUCUCACCCGAUGCUCGCCCGGUAAAGCAAAAGCCCAGGCGCCAAGCCCCUGAUCGGCAACUCGCCAUACGAGAAGAAGUGGACCAACUUUUAGCGGUCAGCUUCAUAGAAGAAGCCAGAUACCCGCGAUGGCUAUCCAAUGUAGACCUCGUAAGGAAACAUAAUAGAAACUGGAGGAUGUGCGUUGACUACACCAGCCUCAACAAUGCAUGCCCUAAAGGUUGCUACCCCCUCCCAAAGAUCGACCAGUUGGUAGAUGCCACAGCCGGACACGCCCGCCUCUCAUUUAUGGAUGCCUUCUCAGGAUACAACCAGAUCAGAAUAGCGCCCGAAGACCAAGAGCACACGGCCUUCCUCACCGAUCAAGGGGUAUACUUUUAUAAAGUCAUGCCUUUCGGAUUGAAGAACGUCGGGGCUACGUACCAAAGAACAGUGAACAAGAUGUUCGCCCACCAGAUCGGGCGAAACAUGGAAGUUUACGUCGAUGACUUGAUCGUGAAAAGCCAAGAGGCAAGAACUCAUCUUACCGACCUGGUCGAGACAUUCGCCACGCUACGCAGGUUCGGCAUGCGUCUUAACCCCGCGAAGUGCGCUUUCGGCGUCACCUCGGGAAAAUUCCUCGGGUUCAUCAUACACGAAAGAGGGAUCGAUGCCAACCCAGAGAAGGUCCAGGCAAUUGUCAACAUGCAGUCGCCUCGGACGAUCAAAGACCUGCAGCGCCUUAACGGGAGACUCGUUGCCAUGUCACGCUUCCUUGCCCGAUCGGGCGAUCGCUGCCUCCCCUUCUUCAGGGCGCUGAAGAACCCGAAGAAUUUUCAAUGGACGGCGGAGUACGAGGAAGCCUUCAAGCAAAUGAAGCAACACUUGGCCAGCCUCCCCCGACUUGCCUCUGUCUCUCCCGGGGAAAAGAUCGGCCUCUACUUGGCUGCCUCCCAGCACGCAGUCAGUUCUAUUCUGAUCAAAGAAAACUCCGGCGAGCAGCUACCGGUCUACUAUGUCAGCCAUGUCCUAAACGGGCCGGAGGAACGAUACCCACCGAUUGAGAAACUAGCACUGGCGCUUGUGCUAUCAGCCCGGAAGCUACGCCCCUACAUCCAAGCUCACCCAGUGGAGGUCAUCACCAACCAACCACUUCGACAUGUCUUGUCUAAAUUUGAUGUUGCGGGACGUCUUCUCAAAUGGGCGGUGGAGCUCGGCGAGCAUGACACCGAGGACACGGAUCUGGAGCAACCUCCUGAACCAUGGGUCUUGCACGUGGACGGGUCGGCCAACUCAAAGGGCGUCGGUGCAGGGCUAGUGCUGCGGUCUCCCGACGGACGAUCAUUCGAGCGCUCCCUCCGCUUCGGGUUUCAAGCCACCAACAACGAGACGGAAUAUGAGGCACUCCUAGCCGGACUCAGGUUGGCCCUCGAAAUGCAAGUGGAUGCCUUACACGUCCUCACCGACUCGCAGCUGGUAGCCGAACAACUCAGCGGUGGAUACGAGGCUCGGGACCCAGUCAUGGCCAAGUACCUGGCGGGAGAAAACGAGCGAGCAGACGCGCUAGCUAAACUGGCUUCGAAGCCAGCACCCGGAGUCCGGCCCGAGAUCGACGAGCUCCCUGCCCGUGCCAUCGAAAUCGUAGCCGCGGUCUCCGGCGGCGCUCCAAUCACGUGGGUGCAGGAGUUACUAUGCUUCAAGCGGGAUGGGACCCUUCCUCCCGACGAGGCUGUGGCUCGGCGCCUGUGUCGCACGCAUGCAUGGUACUCCGAGGUGAGUGGACAACUCUAUAAGCGGCCCUUCACAUACCCCCUCCUACGGUGCUUGGAGCCCGAUGAAGCUCAGACGGUUCUGGCUGAAGUCCAUGGGAGGGUCUACGGGGAACACAUCGGCGGGCGAACCCUAGCACACAAAAUACUUCGCCAAGGUUACUACUGGCCGACCAUGUGCCGCGACACGAAGGCUUAUGUGCAGCGGUGCAGUUCGUGCCAAGAACAUGCCCGCACACCCUGGCAGCCCGCGAUCCCGCUCACCCCCAUCGAUUGCGCAUGGCCAUUUGCGCAGUGGGGUCUGGACCUGCUCGGGCCUUUCCCACUAGCCUCGGGACAGCGGAAGUACAUCGUCGUGGGAGUGGAUUAUUUCACAAAGUGGGUCGAGGCCGAACCACUGGCCACGAUCACGGAGCGGCAAAUGGAGAAGUUCGUGUGGAGGAACUUGGUGACCCGGUUUGGCUUGCCCAAAACCAUCAUUACGGACAACGGGCCUCAGUUCGCCGGUAGAAGGUUCCGGGAGUUCUGCGCAAGCCAUGGAAUCCAACUGAGGUUCAGCUCGGUGGCUCACCCUCAGACGAACGGGCUAGCGGAAGUAACCAAUCGAUCCAUUCUAGACGGGCUCAAAAGAAGAGUGUCCGCAGCCCGAUUAGCCUGGACGGACAAACUCCCGAGCGUCUUAUGGUCGUUACGCACCACCCCCAAGAUAGCGACUGGAGAGUCCCCCUACAGCCUCGCGUUCGGAAUCGAGGCCGUCCUACCACCCGAGGUAGCCAUCGCCACCCUUCGGAUGAGAAACUACGACGAGAAAAUCAUGAACGAAGGACUUCGAGCCGGCCUCGACUUGCUCGAGGAGCGGCGUGCCAACGCGCACCUGAAGGCCCUCUCUUACAAAAGAGCUGUCGCUCGGGUCUACAACCGGAAGGUACGGCCCCGACCGAUUAAGUUAGACGACCUAGUCCUACGUAAUACCGAGGUCAGCGACCCGACCUGCGCGAGGGGGAAGAUGGCCCCCAAAUGGGAGGGACCUUAUCGGGUCGACAAAAUAGUCUGA